UGUAUGUCGUGACGUCCGCGAGGUCCCCUUUACCACGGGAAUCUAGCAACGGCUGUAAAGAAAGCUACUGGAAACGGAGAAUUGACUUAUGGGUGACGGAUACAAAUCAUGUAGGCCACUUAAAAAUGUCAGAAUACAAACGAUAUCGUAGAAGAUAUUCAAAAGACUAAGUAAAUAUGACUGUUGGAUAAAACAGCGACUCAACUGGCUUAUAGAAGACUGUUCUUUUGUGAAAGUCAGUCUCCUAAAACGAUUAACAGCUUAAGCUGUUUUAAGUUUUUUUACCUUUGUAGACCUAGGUAGCUUCAACACCAUGUGAGACAUUGGUUUAUUUGCCUCUUUGGUUAACGCAUAGAUGCUCCCCUCUGAACUGAAGGAAUGGAAUCUACCUCUGCAAUAUGAGGAAAGGGGAAGGGAGCAAGCAGCAGCUUUCUACUCUUGGUGUGUCUUGAUUCUUUUGAUUUCCAACACAAAUAGACUCCUAACUGGAAACUCCAGGGUCACAAUAACACUGUGAAUUUUUGGAUUACCAAGGAUAGGCGGGCAGAGGUGCACAUGGCACUAAUUCAGUGGAGGACCAUGGAUAAUGGUAACAGUAAUUGCUGUUACGAUGGCUACCACCAUAGUGCAUGAUACCUCUGAAGGAGUAGAGCUGUAUGCUUCUCAGUGUCUGUAUAUGAAACCAAUAGCAAGGUUGACAAUGACUGUAAUGCUUCCUGAAUUCAAAGAACCCAGCAGAUCUAUUUCUAAUUGGGAAGUGAUGGAAAAAUUAAAAGAUAUGGUAUAUCCAGAUCUAUUCCUAAACCUUAAAGUUUCCAAAAGCACUGCAGACUUCAUCCGUUUUGAGGGUGAGGUAGAAAAUAAAGGUUUACUCAGAACUGUUAUUGCAAAACUUCAUGGAAGGACUGUUGAUAUAAAUGGAGGCUUGAGAGUUUUGGCUGCUGAAGCACAGUAUGAAUAUCCAACUCCACAAGAUUGGGAGUCCUUUUUCAAAAGCAGAGAAGGCAGGUAUGAUGACCUUGCUAACCUGUUACCUGAUACCCUCCAUAUUGAAGGGCUUCCUUGCAAGUGGUUUGCCUCGAGAGAAUCAAAUGGAGAAAAACCUUGUGAAGAAAUUGUUAAAAAUGUAUUUGCAAUAUUUGGUACAGUACGGAACAUAGAUGUCCCUAUGCUUGAUCCCUACCGAGAAGAUACAGCAGGGAAAAAUUUUUUCUCCCUUGGAGGACUUCAGACUUUUGAUGCAUAUAUCCAGUACAUAGAAAAUUCAGAUUUUAUAAAAGCCAUGGAGACCCUGAGGGGAAUGAAACUACUGUACAAAGGGGAUGAUGGAAAGGCACUUGCAUGCAGCAUUAAGGUAACUUUUGAUACAACUGAUCAUCUCAGUGAAGAAGCUAUUCAGAAGAGGCACCUAGAAAGAUUAAAACUUCAGGAGCUUGAACAACAAAGAAAGGAAGAAAAGAGGAGAGAAAAAGAGGAGGAAGAGGCUGCUGAACGAAGAAAGGAAAAUGAGGAAAAAGCACGUAAAAAGAAAAGGUUAAGGAGAAAAGAACAGAGACAAAAAGAGCGACAAGAAAAACGUUGCCUUCGUAAGCUGCAGGAGCUCCAAACUGCAGAGGAACCAUGUAGUGAUGAAUGGGAAACAAGAAAAUUUUUGCUGGCACAACGAAGGGUGGCAUCUAUUAGGCUUCUGACUGUACUUCUGAACAAGGUUAAGGAUCUUGCUGAAGUAAAGCACCAAAAUCAAGAUGAGGAAGAACACAGCCAAAACUUUGAAAUAAAACAAGAUAUGCCAAGUAAUGAAAGUGAGAAAUUACAUACUGAGGAAAUGGACAAAUUAAACAUGGAAGCAGAAGGGAAUAAAGCUGACAACAAACCAGAAGACAGUACCGUGAAAGACCAAUCAGAGGGGGAGAAUGAAGUCAAAGAAGUAAAACAUGAUGACUGCCAUAUUGUAGAACCUGAGGACCAAAAAACACAAGCUGCUGCAGUUAAAGAAAUGGUAACUACACCUGAAGUGCAAAACCUCACCAAUACUGAAUGUGUUGAAGUAAAAGAAGAACCCCAGGCUACUUCUGGACCUAUUUGUGAGGUCCCAGAAAAAGAAAAAACCCCUACAUUAUUGCUUCCUCUUUCUAAGACUCUUACAGCAAAACAAAUAAUGGAGCAAAGUUAUGAUGAUCUAUUUAGUGCUAAAACUAAAACCAAACAAUAUUUAGAUUGUGGAGCUUUGCAGGUAACAAUUAACCAAAAUUGUAAGAAACCAAAAUUGAAUGAACGAGAAAAAAGUUGUUCCCUUGAUGUGGGACCUCUGCGAACUGUAACGGACAUAAACAAUCGCAAAAAGCAAAAGAUUUACGAAACUGAUGAAUUCAUUCAUUAUCUCUUAAAUCAUUAUGAAAGCCCAAGAUAUGCACGGAUUCUUGAAAGUCAGCCAGACCUUGUAGAUAAGUUCAUUUGGCACAGAGAGGUUUCUGAAAAUGGUGAUGGCUUUAAAGUACAUCUGAAAAACAGUGGUGAGCAGUUGGCUGAGAUUAAUACAGUUCAUGAUUUUGAGGCAGAAGACCAGUAUGCUGAUCAGUAUAGUUGGAAAAUUACUAUUACAGAAACUGAGCCUAACCAAAAACUUCCUAAAGUUGCCAACAAGAAGCAGCCUGUGCCAUUAUGUGAGGAGUUGCAGGUGCAGUUGAGUAACUCCACCACUGUAAGUAGUUCAAAGAAACACAAACUGCUGAGCAAAUCUACUUCCAAAGAGGUAGUCUCUACCAGUGAUGUCAAAAAAAUGAAGUUGUCUGAUCAACUAGGAAGCAAUUCAGGGAAGUCCAACAACACAGCUUCAAAACUUGCUAAACCUGUGUACAAAGGCAAAGGUGCAGUCCAUGAACUUAGGGAUGUACUUGAAGAAAUCAGUAGCGAGUCUGAGUACUUCAGUGAGGAGUCAAGACGGGAUCACAAAAUUAAAAAAACUGGAAAACGAUCUGACAGCUAUGUGCCUCAGCCAAAACCUACAAAGCAUGACUUGGGUAGCUUAGUAAAGGUGGUUAAAGCAAAGAAGAAGCUUGCCUCUGCCAAACGUUUUACUCGUGGUAGUUCUGUUCCUCUAAGCAAAUUAGCCUUAAAGUCAAGGACAGAUAAGAAAGGUUCCAAGAAGGUGAUCAAAAAGAAAUCCAAAGUAAAGAGUAAGAAACUGAAAAAUGGUAAAAGACACGAAGAACAAGAGACUGAUCUUGAAUGUGUUCAGAAAUUGAAAGCCUUGAAUAAGAAAAAGAAGAAAAAACACUUACUUCAGAAGAAGGUCCUCCUUGAAGAAACUGAACUUUCAGAAAGUGAUUCUAGUGUCUCUGAGUCACAGAAAGUACACUUGAAAAAGAAAAAUAAGCUGAAACAGAGUAAGAGCUUGGAAAAGGUGAAGUGUUCAUCAGAUGAGUCUGUGGGUGAUGAAUAUGCAUUUGAAAACACAAAUAGAUUUGCAAAUCGUCAGAGGAAGACAAAGUACUGCCGGGAUGAAGUAGUAGACAAACAUAGUUUUCAUGAUAAAAUGUUUAACCAAAGUUAUGAGUUCAAUGAUGAGAAUUAUUACUACAGACCAUACAUACAGGACUAUAAUGUCCAGAAGGAUAUGCCUAACAAGAUAAAGGGUUUUGAUACACGACAUCUUCAGUAUCGUCACUUAAUGAAAAAAGAUUCACCUAACAAAAAACGAAUGAAAAUUGAAAAAUAGAGUAAAUCUGGAAAGUACAAGUGGUGGUCUCCCCCUACACACACUUUUUUCUCUCUCGUUAUGGCAGCUAUCUUUCUCAAAACCUCCCAAGCAUUUGUAUGGUAUCGACAUGGAAACAGAAUAGCUGGAUAAUGCAGUAAACAGGACAGAUGACAAUAGGAAAGAUGGUGACCCCCCCCCCCCCCGUUUUAAACUGGCAUAGUAUUCUUUUGUAAAUAAACUUUUUUUCUCUAUUUUGCACUUUCUCCUAUUCCUAAUUCUAUAUGGCAGUCAGCUUUAUUAAAAAGUGGUAAUUUUUCCCUGUAUAGACUAAACCUAUAGUGAAUGCUUUGCUGUCAUCCAGCAACUCACAUCCAUGGCUUGUAGCAUUACUUGACCUUUGGACUUAUUGCAGACAAAUGUAAGCGUAAUUAUGAUUUUUCACAGUUCUUUGUUUAAAAAAAACAUCAAGCUGUAUAUACUCCGGUUAGAAGCAGGUCAGCUGCAUAUUGCAAGCCUGAAUUGGAUUCGUUUCAGGUAGGAGUUUUGAAGUGUUCAUUGGAGUUGAGGUCUGCCGUUUCUCUUUCAUAGCAUGUUGUUGCCCCCUUCUCCCAUUUGUAAAGGUUCUGAAACAUUUUAAGUUGGGGCAAAAUACUGCACUAAGAUUUGAAGUAUUCACUGAACAGUUGUUGACUUGGUUCUUCUUUCCCCAAGUGUAGAUUAUUUCAUGAUCUUGGGGGGCAUAUGUGCCACCUACAUAUUAAAACUGAUAAGCACCUUUGAGGGGUUUUAAAUUAAGCUCUUGUUCAAUGUUCAUACUGCAUUGACGGGCCUAAUUCCAUUUUCAGGUAUAUGAUAUUUUGAUAGGAAGAAUACAGGGUUUACCCUUUGGAAGUGAGUGAAGGGGGAAGUGGCUUCCAUGCUCAAUAUAGUGACCCAUGUGCAGCUUAAGAUUGGUACUUUACCUGCAGCUUUCUUGCAUUAAGAUGCUAAGCAGCAAUUUUCCUGUCACUCUGUUCCCACUGUUAAGCAGGAACUUGGCAAAAACCCAAGUAGCUGUCAUUUCAGUUUAGUAUGCCCUUGCUUGUCUUCCCUCCACAAUCAUUUCAAGACUGAAGAAGUGUAACUCAUUCACUGACUGAGCUGAGAGGUGUGUCAAAUUGGUUUUAAAAAAAAAGUGAGCUAAAUUUAAAACAAAUGAGCUUUUAUUAAAAGUCAGUUCAUGUCAAGUACUGAAGAAUAUGCUGAACAGAAGAGAUAGAAGGAAUUUAGUAGCUGUGACUGACAGCAGUCACGUUGUGAUCUUAGUACAGUCAAAUCAGAAUUGCUGAAGAAAAACUGGUACAUCAUUGCAGCAAAACAUGGUACAUUCCAUGAUAACUGUGUUGUCUUUUGGGUAUACAAAGGAAAAGUACUGAACCUUGCAGUGUGACUUGUUCCUGGGAAUGUACGUAGGCUUCUGUCAUUGUACUUUUUAGUUUGCUGACCACUGAAGGUGUUCUACAGAGAUGAUUUAGAUUCUGUAACCUCCACAGUCUAGAAGCACCACCAUUUAAAUGCAUUGAAGGGUGAAGCUAAUGAACAUAUGAAUAAGAAAAGUAAACUGGUGAAUUUGCUUUGUGCUGCAUGUUUAAUGUAUAGCAGAAAGUGUGUUCUGUUAAGUAUCCAUGCAUACAUCUGAUUUUGAGUACUCUGUGUAGUGGAUGGAACCCUUUGGUGCGUCUUGUACCUUUCUUGUAGCAUUCCUUUGCCCCUUAGGUCAAAAACUGCACAACUUCAAUAUCCCUGUUCUUACUGUAAUUCAGGUCUGUUAAAUAUUUUGUUGGAAAGUUUCAGAGCCUAAAAGCAUAAAACUUUUGUGUGUGCCUGCAGUUGCAAGGCCAUGACAGCUGUCACAAGUGCAAGGUCUUUUACUCCAGAACUAGCAAACUUCAAAGUGGGGAAGCUUGAGUCAGUUGUCAAUGCCCAGAGCCUAGGAACAGAGUAUAUUAUGGCUGUGGAAGCAAUAGAAUUAUUUCUCAUUGGAUUAUUCUCACUUAGCAAGCUGUCACACACCACAUUACAGAGGCACUCCCCAAAGCACCUUCUGUUUGGAAUAGGACUCUUGGUGUGACCUUCUUCCAUGCAGGUGCACACUUACGAAUCUCACAGCAAGAGGUUUCCUGGUUCAGUUCUCGGCUAGGGUGCCUUGUGUGCAGAGUCUGCAUGUCCUCCCUUUGUUUGCAUGGGUUUCCUCCAGUUGCUCUGGUUUCCUCCCACAUCCAAAGGCAUGCAGUAGGUGGAUUGGAUACUCUUGGCCACAAUUGUGUGUGUGGUGUGGAAUACCUACUGCAGCAAUUGCUUGGUGAGAUGUUUGUGGAUUGAGUGUGGCUAGAGCUCCAUACACAUUUUAGUUUGCUAUGAAUGCCAAGCUUGGGCAAACCUGCGUCCAUCCACCCCCAUGACCCUCCCAGUUUGCUUUCCCUACAUUGCAGGCUGUGAAGCUGUGUCACUCAGGUUUGUCGUUCUCUUCUUUGGUAGGUCUGAAGGUCGAACUCUUUAGCCACUGUCCAGCUGAAAACUAUUACUUCAACUGUAGCUUGGUGUAGAGCUACAAAGGUCUACAUGUUUCUUACAGUAUAGUGUAAGGUUUAUGAAAUUCACUAUGUAGUGAUCUUUAAUAUGUUCUACAGGUGCUGCCCUACUUAUGAGCAGGUUAUGUUCCUGGGAGUUUGUCGUAAGUAGAAAAUAUUUGCAAGUCCAACACACCCUUGAUGAUUAAUGGAAUGUGGCUCAAAAUUGUACCAAUAACACACCAGAAUUGCACCAAAAAGCACAAGUAUGCACAAUAAAGAUAAAAAUACUGUUCUGUAGUCAUCAACAGAAAUAAUCACUGUACAACAAAGAUGAUUAGUGGAGUGUUUUAGCAUCAGUAAUACUUGACAGUAGUACUAUAUUUUUUGACAGUAGUGUAUUUUUUCAGAACCAUAAACAGUACUGUAAUGUAUUAUAGCGUAGUACUGUACCUUCUGUGGAUGUUGAAGGCAUUGGUUCUUGUUCCGUAUUGUGCCCAACAGUUCUCUUGAGAUGUCUAUCAAGAGAUGUAGGCAUAGUAGCAAAUUUUUUAUUGUCCUAAGUCUUCCUGUAGCAGGCAGUAGCUUUGUGAAUAACUGCACACACUUUUGUAAACCUUUCAGUGCUUGGGUUCUGAGACUCCAGAGAAGCAAAUGCCUUCUUAGUCAUGUUGAAAUCUUUAGGCAGCUGCUUACAGGUGAAUUUCUUGGGUUCCACAGCUUCGUGUUCCUCCUCCGUGACUUCCUCCUGGGCCCUUUGCAACUCUAGCUCCAUCAAAUCCUCAUUGCUCAGCUCCAUACUGUGGCAUUCCAGCACUUCAUGGAUAUUUUCUUCAAUUUCUGAUUGUAGUUGUCUGCCCAGUUCCGCAGUCUCUUUGGCCAGGGAGUCACUGUCUUUAUAAUUCCAUUUAAUCUGUUUGGAAGAAACUCUGCCCAUAAUUUACAAACACUAUUCAUGGUGGUAGUCUUUACCUUAUUCCAGGAAGCAUCAGUUUUCUUAAUUGCCUUGUAGAUGUAGUUCUUCCAAACCUCUGUGCGACUCCACUGUCCCCUUCACAACCGGUGUGAAAGUUCUAUGCAGGUAGUAAGCCUCUAAAGUUGCUAUGGCACCUUGCUCCAUUGGCUGAAGGACAGAGGUGGUACAACACCUUGAUGUUGUCGUGAAAAUUGUCCAGGAAUGGUGGAUGACCUGUGGCAUUGUCUAGGGACAAGCAGGAUCUUGAAGGGCAGGUUUUUGUUGUGGCAGUACUUUUCCAUCUCAGGUGAGAGAGUGGAAAAAGUCUUCAAAAAAGAGGUUUUGUCAUCUAUGCUUUAUGGUUAGACUUCCAUACAACAGGAAGUGAAGCUGUGACAACACUCUUGAGGGUCCUGGGGUUUUCAGAAUGAUAGAUUCACAUGGGUUUAAUUUUGUAGUUACCAGCAGCAUUGCCACCUAACAGAAAUGCAAAUCUAUCCUGUGAUGCUUUAAACCUGGGCCAUUGACUUCUCUUUCGCAAUGUACGUAUGUUCAGGCAUUCUUCUAGUACAACUCUGCCUUGUCAACAUUGAAAAUCUGUUUUGUUAGGUUAACUCACUCUUCAUCAAUAAUUGCCGAUAGUACCUUGGGAAACUCCUUUGUCGCUACCAUGUCCAUACUGGCAGCCCCUCCAACCACUUUUAUGUUGUGCAAGUUUGAGCGAGCCUUAAGUCUGUGGAACCAGCCAUGGCUAACUAAAUGUUUCUUCAACACUGUCACCACAUGUAUUCUUUAAACCUUCAGACUGACUUGUGGUCUUCUGCUGAAUUAAGUUAAAACUUACAGGUAUGUGGUGUUGAAUACUGUUCUUGCAUCCAUACACAAUAGUUUUUCUAUUUCUUCCAUCACCACACUUCAUCUCUUACUAAUCGUCAUGGAAUGUAUUGGCGCAUUAUUUGUCUCUUGUAAUUGUUGAAGCGAACUUGCUAUGUUUUCAGUUUUCUCACCCAAGUUGUUUUGCUUUAUAAUGUCCACCUUAGUUUCCAUGGUAAAACUGCAACACUUCUUGCAUUCAUGACUGCUACUGUUGGCUUCUGUCUCAAGCUUUGGAGGCAUGGUAGGGUGUACUACUGUAUUAAUGUUGUAAAACAUAACCAAGGUGCAGCAACAUGUUUGGGGUGUACAGUACUACUGUUCAAGGUAGUAAGUCAUGUCACAGAGCCAGGCACAGUAUGCUGUUUGAUUACAGGCUAAAAACGGAGUGCUAAGGCCAUCUCUUGCACAGUGAUAAGUCUGAAAGUUCAUAAGUUGAAAGGGUGUAAGUAGGGGAGCAUCUCUACUCUUAGAAAUGUCUUUGCAUCUUUAUGUAGAAGGGAAAGGAAUCUAGGGUUAUGCCACUCUUGGAGCUUUUUUUUUUUAUCAGGACCAUUAUUUUUGCUGUUUGGAAACAUUCAGAAAAGGCAGACUGUUUAUGUAGGCCAUUUCUGACCGUCCUCUCUACUGACCAAUAAUUCUGAUUUCUACUACUAGUUCUGUGCCUAGCAUAGGUCUUGGAAAUCUCACCACUUGACCACUCUUCCUCGAGAAUAAACCCUGUCUCAACAGGUUUGGCAAGAGGUUUUACUUGCUUUACACUGUCCUUCCCCUGUCUUUCUUUCGUAGUAAUCUAUUGCAUUGUCCGCCUUUCCCAGCUCUGGUGCAUGGACAGCUGAGAGGGUAAGCCUGUGGCAUUGCUUUUAUUGGUUAGCUUUCACAUGGCUAACUGUACCUUCUGUUUAAAAGAUGGCUACCAGCACUUGUCUGCAUGCAUGUGGCAGCUUGCCUCAAGCUGCCCUUCUUUUAUGAGUAACUGCACACAUUGGGUUAUAUUGCAUUUCUUUUAAAGGUGAGAUCUUCUAGGAAAUCCUCUUGGGAGGUAUAUUCAAAAUCUCUAGAAAAGGAGCCAGACAAGUUCAGCAUUGAAAGGUGGUAGUCUUGUGGAUCACGUUUGUAGUCAACUUCAGGGAACUCUGAUGCAAGCCAAGGUUUGAAAGGUGCAGUAACCAGUCAGGCUUCCAGAGCUUGGACACUGUUCUCCUUCAGGUGUUCCAAGGUCCUCAUUGUCUCAGAAGUUUCAUCUGUUUCAUAUAAACAUGUCAGUUUGCUGUAUCUUGUAGCUUUUUCAUGCCAUAUUCAGUGGUGUAUAGUGCACCAUUUGGUGCAUUGAACAAAGUCCGUUAACGUUCUGACUGAAGAGUAGAGCAGGUAAGUAUCCUAGUCAGAGACCCUUCUGUUUCACUUAUUCUAUAGAGCAUUUAUUUUUUUCUUGGUUUGUUUAAAAAUAUGGUAGAUAUGUGAAUGCCAUUUGCCCCAUAGAGAGCUUUAGGGUAUGUCUGCCCUGUUAAAGUUGGUAAAUGUGCUUGCAGAAGUUAGAUUCUGUAUAAAUAUGUCCAAGAUGUUGCACCAGUAUUGACCAUCAAGCUUCUCUUCUGCUGUUCAGUUGAUCUGUUCAUUUCUCAAGGUCAAAGGCGCUGGCUUCUUUACCUCUUCUUUCAUGCAUGACCGUGAAAGUCAAGCUACUGGGAGCAAUGUCACCAUCCUGAAUUAGUUUUUUUCUGUAGCUGUAAUUCCCUCCCGUGCACUGACAUGCAUGUCAGACUGGACAGAUAAUGAGGAAUGGCCUAAGGGUGUGCUCUGCCUUGGUCCUGUAGAGCAUCCAUGCCUGCUAAGGUCUCUCCCAUUACGUUCCCCCACCCCCAUCGGUAUUCCUUCUGACCUGUGGCAUCAAGGAAGGACAGCCCUAUACACUUCUCACUGCCAGGAUAGGCAUGCCCUUACUCUAUGCCUGCACUUAUCAAUCACCCAAGCUGCUAAUUAAACUGUGGUCUCCUGGACUGUAGUCAGGACUUUUUUGUCACAGGUGGAAGCAGUCAUCUGAAUGUUUACUGGUUUAAGGUAGAACUUUUCAGUACCUACAGUAUUUAGCAGGACUAAGACUCAGGACUUUGCAUCUUGGAAGUAAGGCCUUCUUGGCCUACCUGGACAAGAGGAAACAAUUGCCCAUUUUAGAGAAAUCCACCAUGUCAACAAACUCGCAUUCUAGCUACAUGGAUGUCACUUUGUAAAAGAAACACGCAGGAGAAGCUCAAGAAGAAGCCAAAGGAGACUAGAUAGUUAAAUGUCACCCCCUAAGGAUGUUGUACCUAAAGAUGAAAAACAUCAGUUUUGCACUGUAAUGAAACCCACAGAAUCAACUCAACAAGCAAAGAUAGUCCAAAUAAGGAAACAGCAGAUUGGAAAAUAGUGUGUUCAACUGUUUGAGUGAUUCCUUUUUUGGAGUAUGUUUAUCUGUGUCUGAGGAGGUCAUUGUUAUGGAGGUGCUUAAACAGCCCCUGGCAAUGCACAUUUAGAGGCUCCCAUGCCAUUGGCUGUCAGCAUGUCCUAUUAGACCAAACAACUUCCAGAGAAGGCAGUGAAUGUGACUCAGGCAUCCACUAUAAAAUCUCUGAAUGAAAAAUCACAGAAGGGAAAAUUCUCUUGGUGUUGCAGAAAGAGGAUGUCCAUGUUGCUAGAAAACAUGAAGCCAUGGAUCCCUCCAGGUUUCCAAUCUCCUGUUGCGAGAAGACCCAGACAAUUGAAGUCCUGUAUCAAGUGAGAAUUCUCACUUUGAGUUUGCAGUCCCCAGCCCACUCCUACCUCUUUUCCAUGAUUGGGCUCAGGGAUUUCUUCAAUUUCUACAAAGCUUAAAACCUGAUCUAGCACCAUCCUGCAUGUUUGGAGUCUUACCUUCCAAAAGGAAGAGGAAAUAGUCUCCUGUUAGGGACGGAGACUCUUCAGGUUUAGAGGAAAGGGAGGAAGACCUGGAUUAUAAGUCAUCGAUGUCCCCCUUGUCCUGUGACUCCGGUCAUGAGGACACUUUGGUGUCUAACUUGCCCCAAGAGAGAUUUCCUCUGUGGCGAUGCCCUCUUCUUAAUAAGAGUAUUCCCACUGCCAAAUUCUCAAACUGUCAAGGCCUUGGCUUUUCAGAAAAGAGCUGUGGACUUUCUAGGACUCUGUAUCUAUUCCUAUGGUCCAAGAAGCCCACCUGGAUGUUUCUGAUGCAACUUCUCUGCUACCAGACUCCUAAUCUUUCACCUACCCUAAUAAGGUCUGUCUCUUUCUGCAGGGUACAGGAGCCUUUAACAAACUAACCUUCAUCCAAAGCAGGUGAGUUCCGGAUGUUAUAGAAAAGGGGGAUAUAUUCUCAAAUUCCUCAAGCCAUACUUGACGUCUAGUUCUGGUAGAUCCUGUGAUGUGAGGUGAAACUCCUGAAAGUCAGUCCCCUUCUUUCCCAAAAUGGGGGCUAUAUGGGGCUGCCCUUAAAAGGCAAGGUUCUUCAUCAGGCUGCUUCAGCCUUCUUAUCAGUUAUAUUGGGCUUUGCAUGGUCAACCAUCUCGCAUUGAUGCCUUUGCCUCCUUCCCAUGAGAUUUCAGGCUUCCAUUAAUAGACAUGAGUGCUUCUUGGAAGUCUGUUUGGGAACCUCUUAGAAAAAUUCUGCAUAUUAUACUGAAAGUAUACGUUGUCUAGACCAUCUUUGUUGUCCUUUCUGUCACUCACAUAAUCAUCUUUAGUGUUUUGGUAAUGACUGUAGAAAGCAUGAGGUAUCACAGCAUUCUGAUAUUCUCUUACUUAAAAACUUGUUUGCUGGCAACCCCCCCCCCCCAUUCAGAAUUCCCUAUAUAUUGUGGUAACUUGGAAUCGUCAUCUGAGUAGUACUCCUUGAUUUGUACAUGGUGCAUCCCUUUUAUAAAGGAAUGUAUAUGUUAUAACUGAAAUCACACCCUUAUCCUAUCAUUGUGAGACUUGGUACUUGGGUAUCUAGCGUCCUGAGAGGAGUCUCUCAGACUGGAGUAAGUAAGACUUUUGUUGUGUUAUGUGGGGCUUAUGACCGUGACUGCCUUUGUGUGAGCUCUACAGUGUUCUUGUUUUGCACCCUUAUCUCCACUUCCUGGAUUGGUAGGCGUUUACUUCUAACCUCAAGGAAGACUUCCAGUUUAUUUUUCCCAGCAACGUAGCAGUUCCUGUUUUAUAGUGGAAAGUUUCAUUCAGAUUUUUUUGUGGUACCCAUUCACUUGAGAACCAUUUUUUGCACCAUUUGCCCCCACUGUCUGCCAUCAUUCCCCUCCACGGCCAAUCGGCCCAUUCAUUCCCCAUCACUGGAAUAAGAGCUGGUUGGGAGGCACCAUCAUUUAGAUAGCCAUGCGGGGUGGUUUGAGGUUUUCUGUUUAUUUUCCCAUAACCAUCUCAGAUAUCUUUGUUAGGUGUAGGGGAGGAUCGUGCAAUAGGAUGACAACAGAAGAUGGCCCCUGACUUCCUCAAGGGGCAUUCCCUCCAGGAAAUUCUGCUCCACCCCCAUAAGGGAGGCAGUCUUCCCUCUAGUAUAAGCAACCUCUCCUUCCCCCAGACGAGGCUGAACAGGCCACACCCAUUUAGUACUUCCCUCCCUACCUGGCUCUUUCAGUGCCAGGUCUGCUAGUCCAUCAGUCACCUGGGAUGUAGUUGAGUCCAUACCCCAUGCAAUGGACCCAGGAAGAGAGGCAUUUUUGGCAGUCAUUGCCCUUGAGCUGAUGGUGAUAUUUUUGGCCUUUCCUUCUGUGGCGGCCUUCCCUGAAGUCUGAGUCUUUACUGGUGAUAUUGAUUAGUCACAUAGGUACCUAGACAAGAUGUUGGAAAUGUGCUUCUUCCCCAUUUGCAGGGAAGUGAUCAAAAAUAGACCACUAAUGAAGACUUGAGGCAUUUUUCAGACAGUGAUCCAUAUUCCAGAGAAAUCCAUUUUCCUGGAGACUUUGCAUCAAAGUUUCAGCUCUCUUCAAAGUUGUGGCUUCAAAUAAGCUUUGUUUUCCCCCUCCUUGUGUAGCUCUUUUUAUACCCAAACUCUCAUCAAUGCCAUAUUUUUGUGUAGCUUUAUCCAGGCUAAUGUAGCCCUGACAUUCAUAACUUUUUCCUUGAAAGUAAAUGACUGUGAAAACAGUUGUUUUGAGAGGCUUGGUUGAGUUUCUGUAGUACAGUCCUUGUGCACAUCAUGAAUCAUUUUAAGGGAUUAACAUAGUGUGCUGUGUUGUACCCUUCCACAAAAGGGAGGUGAGGCAGGAGUGUAGCAAGGAAGUUAGUUUGUGCUCAGAUCUUAUAAUGCUUACCCCCACCUGCAUUUAAAAAAUGUAUCCAGUCUUCAAAGUGUUGCCCUUAAAAUUUAAGAAAGGGGUGCACUUUUCAUCUCAUGCCAUUUAUAACUUUUAAAGUAUUUUUAGUGGUGCAGUCCUAUCACUUGUGCAUGUUUAUAAAAGCUUUAUAGAACACACUAAUUUAGACUGUUCUAAACACUGUACUGUUUGAGUCACAAAGUUUGAGGGAAGUUUAGAAAAAUAUAUGCAGUGCGUGGAGCACCAUGAUUACUCUUGUCUUCUUCCAGAUAACAAUCAGUUAAGUGCUAGUGUAGCUUGAGACCAGAUCUUAACAAAUGUUAAGGGACCCCCCCCCCGCGCUUAACUUACUAAGGGCUGGUCUUGCAGUAGGCAGUCACAUCUGACAGACUGCAGAGAUUUUUCUCCCUGCUGUCUGUGCUAGUAAUGGUCCCUAUUUUUUGUUAUAAACUUACAAAACCUGUUAUUUUAGCACGCCUUUUCUGAAGGAUACAAAGUCUGAAACUCAAAUGUACGUCAUUAGUGACUUGGUCCUCCUUGAUUUGUCCGAAAACCAAUUUGAGGAUCAGACCAAACAUGAUGCAAAAAUCUGGACUGUUGAGGGGCAUGGUAGGUGAGUGCAUACAUAAGAGACUGAGCUGCAGUGUCUUUUUGACGGCUCUAAGUGCUUUACAGCUUUUAAAGCCAACAAAACACUUCAGUCUUUUUUUUCUGUUAUAACCAGUAGUACAUGGAGAAGAUAAAGCUCUAUGCACUGCAGAGAAUUAUGAUUGGUUUGCUGAUCAUAACGCCCUUGUGUCAUCUGUAGAUCCCAAGAUUCCGCUCCAGGUCAGUUUUGUUCCAUGUCUUGAACGCAAUAAAUAGGUUAUGAUAAGCGACCCAGUCAUCCUUUGUAUUCAUUUGAGUACAAGUAUGCCUAGCUACACCUUUUGAGCAGGCUUAAGCCUCAUCAUUCCACUCCUUCCCUGAACCAAUCCCAUCAGGUGACAGAGCUACUAGUUGAACUAUACUUGCAUAGGGCUUUAUCUUUGUAUGACAACAGAACUGACCGGUAUUCAAGUAAUCUUCUGAAGCUAGUGCUCUUCACAAAUUAAAAAAAAUGUCUUCAUUGCAGUGCUAUUCAAAUUUUUUUCCCUCCAAAUAAGCAGAUGGUUGGUGUGGAGUUGGAUGUUGGACACUUCAGAGGAAAUGGAGGAAGGUUCCUCUCUGCAGCCCUACAUCCACCUCCCCAGUCACCUUCUGGACAAGUUCCAUUUGGAAAAUCCCUGGCUUAUUUCUGUCACUCUGAUCAGAAGACCUAGUUUUAAUAUCCCUCAAGUAUUGAAAUUUGCACUAUGACAGACCAGCUCUUACACAUCAAAAUGUUGCCACUGCAAUAGCCUGUAUACAGCUUCAGGAUCUCCCUAAUGAGAUUGUGAAGUUAUUGAUAGUUACUACAGUAGAAUACCAGUAAGACCAGGUAAAAUUCAGUCUGGGUUACUGACAUCUUAAUUGCACAACUCAAGCUCUCACGCCCUUCCUUGGGUAUCUUUUUUUAUCUGGUUAUUUUACACCAUUUUCAAGGUGACUGUAUUUUCCUACCUUAAAUGUGAUGCAGGGGCAAGAAAGACUAACCUCAGCAUAGAGUGCUGAAGCAUUUUCUUAAGUGGAUCUUCAUCUAUGGUCUCAGACUGCCUUGAGAUUUGAACCACAUGGUGAAUAUGUUAUGUCUGCAUUUCAGACUUGGUGGGUCAACUACAUGUGAAGUGUGUUUUUCCUGGAAGUUGCUUAAACAUAAUGUUUCUAGGCAUGAAACAGAAUGCCGUAUCUGCAUUCCAUUUCUGCCUUGUGUUGGCAGUCAAUGGUGUGCAGUGGCUGUUUGGAACUUUUCACGUAAAAUAUUUACAUGAAAAAUAAGACUUUUCUAAAUGUUUUGCAGUUUGCCACAUGAGCCCUUUCAGGCUCACAGGGGCAAAGGGCAUGAAGUGUUGAUGUAGUUUAGGGGAUAUGAGUUCUGAUCUUGACUUCUACAACACACAAAAUAAGUGAAAAGGUCAUUGAAUGAGCAUUCUGCCAACAGGAAUAUUUAACAAAUAUUUGUCAAAUAUUAAACAAAUAUUUGUCAAAUAUUUGUUAGUCAGAUGCUAAUUUUGUGUCUUAGGAGCUUAGCUGUUUAUUUUUCUUUAUUUGCUCACUGUUAUAACUGUCUGCUUGCUUCCAGGUACAGCAGCCCAGACUUGUUAUUGCCUGAUUAGUAGUUGCUUGCACCAUUGCAUGCUAAAAUACCUUUCUUUUUUUUACUUUUUUGUUUGCUGUUCUUAAACAGAAGUAAAAAACUUUAGGAUAGAUGCUACCAUACAAGCAUAAUGUCUUUAUUUUUUCAGGUGAGUCAGAACUUUGAACUUUAUUUUUAAGAUGAUUCUUAACAGCCCAUUACUCCUGCUGAGCAAAUUAGUUUCCUACUAGCAUGUGUAACGUGCCUGGUGUAUAGGGACUGCGACUUAGGGUAGAUCUUCAUUUCAUGUCUUGCAGAUCUCUGAGAUUUUCUCUAUCUUCAUCUCCUGGUGUUAUGGAUUGUUAUUCUCCAUAGCUUGGAUUUGUUGUGACAUUUGUGGUUUUAUCUGCAUAGGAUCCAGUAGUUUCCUUUCUACCAACACAGAAGGUUUUUCAGCUUACAGUGGAUCUUGUACAACCAGAUUGCCUCUCCCAAAACAGCAGAAGAGUUGACAACAUAAAGUGUUUUGAUUCCACUACCAUGUCCUCUGUAGACGUCUGUGGCAUGGCCACUUAGAGUCUACACAUCUUUAUGAAGCACUGUAAUCUGAACCUCCAGUCCAGGAGCACCUUGUUCUUCGAUUGCACUUUGAUGCAGAACAUUCUUUGAGAAAUCACCUACUUUCAGGCUCGUACAAACAUUUUUUGAAGCAUUUUUGUGUAUUUUGUAUGUUGUAUUUCGAGGACCUUUCAACAGGUAUCGAGUAUUCGCCCCAUCAGCUGUUUUUUCAGGAACACCCUCUACAGAGGUAGCAUUAUUCCCAUCCUCUGCCCACCACCCCUUCAGCUGAAGAUGGGUAUGCCCCAGUUGCCGUGGUAAGGCACCAAAAUCUCCUGUAAGUAUUGCUUUCAGUAGGUUUACUACAGUGUUGAUUUGCAAAUGUAGCUAUUUUAAUGGGGUGCCAGAAUCCUGAGAAGGUUGCACAUAUAAUUCUGGUGCAGGGAUGCCAUAUUUUCUACCACCUGCAAGACAAGCCCGAUCACAGAAUACUUAAUGCUCAUGUAUUUGACACUGUUUAUAGUCCAGAAUGCAUUCUGGUUGUGCAAAUGUGACAGAGCCGUGAGAACACGGUUCUUAAAAGGUGAUUUUGUAGCUGUAAGAGAUGGAAGAUAACAGCUUGAUGUGCAUCUCAGAAGGAAGCUUAUUGUAAAGUUCCAUGAUGUUAAAGGAUAGAUACACCAUCGAAACAUCCAGUUUUAAAAAUUGCAUUUUUCGUUUUAGAAAAUAUUUUAGUAUGAAUUCUUUUUCCAGAGAGUCUAGAAAAUUUUGUUGGACUUGCUGUCAGAAUCCAGAGGAAUGACUGAGCAAAAUAUUCUCCGAUUCAAACUGUAAAACCCAUUUCAAAACUUCUUGCAACAUGAUUUAAAGCAUUCUUGCAGAAGGGCUGGGACCCUCUGCACUCCUGCAAACUGUGUGUAGAAACUCCAAGGUCACUGUACUCCACUGUUGAGUGAAUAUUUGAGAUGUCCAUAAACUUGAACUUGUAUAUUUCACUUCAUUCACCAAGUCUGGAGUAUGCAAAGAUCACUGUUAUGGUCCUUGCAUUUAACAAAAGAAUGCUGACGGACAAAAUAUUUUCUUAAACAUUUUAAAACAUGUUUAUGUUCAUGCUUUCAUUAACAUGGAAAUGGAUGUAUAUCAAGCUUUCUAAAUCAAAAAUAAGAUGACAUGUUUAAAAGCUGUAAAUCUCUAUAGUGGCAUUGACAUUUUCAAAAGUUGUCUUUAGUAGAUGCAGACAUACAGUUCUCCGUUUUAUAUAUAUUAUAUAGUAUUUUAUAUAUAUAUAUAUAUAUAUAUAUAUAUAUAUAUAUAUAUAUAUAUAUAUAAUAUGAUUUAUAUGCAGAGAAUCAAGUAGCAUUUAAUAGGGACUGAACUUAAUCUCAUUUUGUCAAGUUAUUUAGUGGAGUGUUGUCCCCCUCACCCAGGACCCAUGUAUGCUUACAUUGUUCAAAGUCCACAUAAAUGUGCUCAAUGAUCAGUUAUGUGCUACUUGACAUAUCUAUGUAAUGGUGUGUGUUUCUAUGCAUGCAUCUGCAUAUUGUACAUGUAAGAGACUCAUCAAACUGUAGAAAUGCAGAUGAUUUUAACAAAUCAAAUGUAAUUGUGCAGGAAGAACUUGGAAUAUCUAGAAACGCUACUAUAACAAUGCCUAGAUUGGAAAAAAUCUUUUUCAGGUAUUUCUGUUGGGGGAUGGGGGUAAUUAUUUUGAGUAUUUUUUGCAGGGGAGCAAGUCACCUUGUACCCCACACACGUGCCGAUCUGUAAAAAUAUAUACUAAUUUGGAGAUCAGCGCAUACUUCCUAGUACCCACUGCUGCACUUUCUCACACAGUAUCUUUUGACCACUUAGGCAUUUUGUUUAUUAAAAAAUACCUGUAUCAAAUUUGAGAAAAGUGUAAUUAAAACCGAUGUGGAAGCACUUGUAUAUUAUUUAAAAAAACAGGCUACUUGUCCCAAAAGUGAGAUUUGUAAUUUCAAAUCUUGUCAAUUUGAAAGUAUCAUUAGCAGAUGCAUACAAGUAAUCCGGCCUUAAAGAGGUUUUGCAAGGGGGGCGGGGGGAGGAGGCGGCUGUACCUUUCACACUAUUGCUACUAACAUGUACUAACUCUAAGAUUGCUGUACUAGUAAGAGGAAUGUACUGAAGUACUGCAGCCUCAGUAUUUAUUCACAUUUUUGUUUUGCUGUACCAAGGGUCACAUAUGUUGCCCUUAAAGGAGUUCAAUUUAAAAUGUGUGGCAAAUAGGGACAUGCUACUUUGCAUACACAUGUUAAGGCAAAGGGACUUGAAUGAGGCUUUUAUAAUACUAACUUUCAAGAUAGCAUUUUAAAGUUGUUCAACUUGAGUGGUCUAACCUUUAGGCAUUUCUGAUACAAAAUUCUGUUAACGUUCAGCUCCAGUGAUCCAAGUCAUUUUUUAGUAUUUUAAUUUUUACUUCCAUGUACCAUGAAUGGGUUAUGUUGAUUAUUUUCCACAGAGCUCUGCUGUGUAGUGCGAUCCCUUGCUAAGGGCAGUGAAUCGGUCAGAAAAGGAAGUGUGUUGAAAGAGGCAGUGCAACUGCUUGUAGUAUGGGACAUUUUGGGAUACAGAAGUAGAAUUGUUUCCAGUAUUUUCAAGUUCCCACAGUAACAGUUGACUUGUGUAUUUGCUUUAAAAUUAAUGUAAAAUCUGUGCAUUUCUUGCAAAGGUAAUGUCUGAAAGUUAUGACAGUCUAUAAAACACAAUUUAAAUCAAA